UCCAACUCUGGUCUAGGAUCCAUUGUGAUCAACAACGCAAUUCUUGGCGUUCUGUGAUAAAGCGUGCUUCUGUAUCUAGCAAGAACCGGCAUAUUAAUUUUAUAGAAUAUUUAAUCUCAAUACCAAUUAACGCUGAUAAUAGUGCUAAUUUUUACUUGAUUGAUAAACAAAGGAAAAGACUGCUAUAUAAUGGAACUGAUACGGCCAGACCGACCAUCUAAAUGUACAUAUAAAGUGAAUGGAGAAAAUUCACCACAUACGAAACAAACGAAGUUUCCAAAUCGUAAAAAGAUAUUGCCAAACAUUUUAAGUACAAUUGGCCAGACACCUCUCAUUCGACUUAAUAAAAUUCCCAAGGCUCAUGGAAUAAAAUGUGAAAUGUACGUUAAAUGUGAAUUCUUUAAUCCCGGAGGAUCUGUCAAAGAUAGAAUAGCGGAGAGAAUGAUCUCAGAUGCGGAAGAAAAGGGUCUAAUAAAAUCGGGAUAUACCAUCAUCGAACCAACAAGCGGAAACACUGGAAUCGGUUUAGCCAUGGCCGCAGUGGUCAAGGGCUAUAAAUGCAUCAUCGUAAUGCCAGAGAAAAUGUCUAAUGAAAAAGUCUAUGUGCUUCGCGCUUUGGGUGCAGAUAUAGUUAGAACACCGACUGAAGCUUCUUGGGACAGUCCGGAAGCGCAUAUCAGUGUUGCCCAAAAAUUGCAAAAGGAAAUACCCAAUAGUAUUGUUUUAGAUCAGUAUACAAAUCCUGGUAAUCCAUUGGCGCACUAUGACCAAACUGCAACAGAAAUUUGGGAGCAAUGCGACGGCAAUGUAGAUUAUGUGGUACUUGGUGCUGGCACUGGAGGCACUAUAUCCGGAAUUGGAAGAAAAUUGAAGGAAUUAUCGCCUAGUGUAAAAAUUAUCGGAGUAGAUCCUAAAGGCAGCAUUUUAGCGGAACCACCUGAAUUGAAUGAAAACAGCGUUGGUUUCUACGAAGUAGAAGGAAUUGGUUAUGACUUCAUUCCUACCGUUUUAGAUCGAAAAGUGGUUGAUGAGUGGCACAAAACUGAAGACGACGAAUCUUUAAAAGCGGCGCGAGAAUUAAUUAGGGAAGAAGGAUUGUUGUGUGGCGGUAGCAGUGGUGCGGCACUCGUGGCGGCGUUGAAAGUCGCCAAAGACUUGCCUGCGGAUAAACGUUUGGUCGUUCUCUUACCGGACAGUAUAAGAAAUUACAUGACUAAAUUUGUGUCAGAUCAAUGGAUGGAAGCUAGAGAUUUUUUGGUGUCUAAACCUUCAACAGAAGAAAAUAAAAAGUGGUGGAACUUACCAGUAUCAAAGUUAUCACUAAAGAAGCAUAUAUUAUUAAGGGAGAUGUCAUGUCAAAAUGUUGUGGAUUUUUUGAAAUCCUCUAAUCAAAACAUUCAGCAAUUGUUAGUAACUGAUGCGAAGGAAACAAAAGUGCUAGGCGUUAUCACAUUGGAUGCCCUUCUAUCUCAUUUAAUAUCCGGUACAGUGAAUGGAACUGAUUUCGCUGAGAAAAUCAUGACUAAACAGUUUACGAAGAUCACAGCUUCUACGACAAUCGGUAAAGUGUCGCGUAUUCUUGAAAAAGAAUCUUAUGUCGUGGUUGUAGACGAUCAUGAUGCUUUAAUCGGACUUGUAAGUCGAAACGAAAUUUUUGAUUUUAUUACUAAGGAUGAUGAUGGCAACGCGAAAUAA